AUGGAUAAAGACAUAGAGGAAAUGGUGAUGAAUUGCUCAAACUGCCAAUCAACGCGACCCGAGGCACACAGUUGGGAAACACCAUCUAAACCUUUUGAUCGAGUGCAUGCAGAUUUUGCUGGUCCGUUUAUGGGGCAGUACUAUUUUAUAUUAGUAGACGCUUUUUCAAAGUGGCCAGAAGUGCACGUUUUACCGAAUAUAACUGCUGAAACUACAAUACGAAAAUGCCGAGAGAUAUUUUUAACCUUUGCAUUACCAAUCACAUUUGUUUCUUAUUGGGGGCCUCAAUUCAUGUCAUCAGAAUUCCAAGAAUUUCUAAAACUAAAUGGAAUUCAUCAUAAGCGUGGAGCACCUGACCAUCCAUCGACGAAUGGUCAAGCGGAGAGAUACGUCCAGACAAUAAAAAUAAUUUGA